UCCGCAGUGUCUAGGCGUCCACACUAAAGCUCGGAUCGCAGCCUCUGGCGCUCCUGUGCUACCCAGGGAGGAGAUUCAGGACUGGAGCCUUACCUCUCCCCAACAACCUCUCCAGAAGCCUCUGGCAGGUUGUCACAGGACUUUUUCUUAACAUUGCAGGGUCCGGCCGAGCCUCUGUCACCGUGCGGGUCACACCUACGCGGCUCAAAGGCAAUGCGCAUGCGCCAGGCGGGCUGCCAGCAACUUCCGGGAGCUGAGUGGCGGGCAAGGCAGUGAAGUAUUCAGAGGGUCCAACCCCAACAUCCCUUUGUGGUUCCCCCGCUUGGGAAGCAGGCUCAGGGUGGGGAGGGGCGGAGCGGGUUCGGCAGGAGCCGGUGCGGACAGCACUCAUCCAACCCAGAGGUGAGUCCCAACCCUGGCCAUCCUGGGACCAGUGAGGGUCACGUGCCAUGCCCGGAGCACGCGCAGUAGAAGUCAGCCUGACUGGCCAAGCGGUCACGUGACGCAGGGCGGUGCCGAGCAGGCUAGAGGGAGCGGCUGUAGGGAGUGAAGGAAUCGGCGGCGGCAGUGGCAGUAGUAUGGCUGCGCUCUACGGGGGAGUAGAGGGGGGAGGCACACAGUCCAAGGUCCUUUUACUCUCGGAGGAUGGACAGAUCCUGGCAGAAGCAGAUGGACUGAGCACAAACCACUGGCUGAUCGGGACAGACAAGUGUGUGGAGCGGAUCAACGAGAUGGUGAACACGGCCAAACGGAAAGCAGGGGUGGAUCCUCUGGUACCUCUACGAAGCUUGGGCCUAUCCCUGAGCGGUGGGGAUCAGGAGAAUGCGGUGAGGAUCCUGAUGGAGGAGCUGAGGGACCGAUUUCCCUACCUGAGUGAAAGCUACCUAAUCACCACCGACGCCGCCGGCUCCAUCGCCACAGCUACGCCGGAUGGUGGGAUUGUGCUCAUCUCUGGGACAGGCUCCACCUGCAGGCUCAUCAACCCUAAUGGCUCUGAGAGGGGCUGUGGCGGCUGGGGCCAUAUGAUGGGAGAUGAAGGCUCAGCUUACUGGAUUGCACACCAAGCAGUGAAAAUAGUCUUUGAUGCCAUUGACAACCUAGAGGCGGCUCCUCAUGAUAUUGGUUAUGUCAAGCAGGCCAUGUUCAACUAUUUCCAGGUGCCAGAUCGCCUAGGAAUACUCACUCACCUGUAUAGAAACUUUGAUAAAUGCAAGUUUGCUGGGUUUUGCCGAAAAAUUGCAGAAGGUGCUCAGCAGGGAGACCCUCUUUCCCGUUAUAUCUUCAUGAAGGCUGGGGAGAUGCUGGGCAGACACGUCAUAGCAGUGUUGCCUGAGAUUGACCCCGUCUUGUUCCAAGGGGUGAUGGGCCUCCCCAUCCUGUGUGUGGGCUCUGUGUGGAAGAGCUGGGAGCUGUUGAAGGAAGGUUUUCUUUUGGCGCUGACCAAGGGCAGAGAAAUCCAGGCUCAGAACUUGUUCUCCAGCUUCACCCUGCUGAAGCUGAGGCACUCCUCUGCCCUGGGUGCGGCUAGCCUAGGGGCCAGGCACAUCGGACACCUCUUCCCCAUGGACUACAACGUCAAUGCCAUUGCCUUCUACUCCUAUACCUUCUCCUAGUGGGGGUUGGCCCUCACUUCACUCAUUCUCAGCCCAGUGGACAUUGGGUGCUUGAAGGGAGGAGACUUUUUCCAUUAAAAAACAAACACAGAAGAAAAUAAACACACUUUACCCACUCCCCAA